AGUCUAAAACCAAAAAUCCAUUUAUAAAAAAAAAAAAACCCAUUAUUUCCUAUCAAACCCAGAAGUCUGAGAAAGUUUCUGUCAAUCGAUGAAAACUUCUCAGUUCAUGGACAAGCAGAUAAUGGAUCUAUCCUCUUCUUCGCCUUCCAAGGACUUCAUCGAUCUGAUGAACAAUUCUCAGGACGACGAUCACCAGAAGCAGCGAAGCGGUUCGAUCGGCGGCGAUAAUGUUAUGGAUUCCUCGAAGAAGGAAGCGAUCGUUCCUAGCUAUGAUUUCCAACCUAUUCGCCCUGUUUCCACCGCCGGAUUGUCUCACUCAGCGUUAGAUCUAGCCGGAUCUGCGAAUUCCUCGGUUCCUAGGGUUUUUACCCCUGAUUCGAGGCCCGUUUCCGCUUCGCCUACCAGAAGUUAUGGUUCUCUCGAUUCUCUUGAACCUGGAAAGUUUGUCCUUGAGAAGGAUCGGAGUGCCCCUAAUACAUCAAUCUUAUCUGAGAUUGAUCGGACUAUGAAGAAACAUGCCGAUAACUUGCUACAUGCCAUGGAAGGUCUCAGUGCACGUUUGACACAGCUUGAAACCAGAACCCGCAACCUCGAGAAUCUGGUUGAUGAUCUGAAAGUUUCUGUUGGCAACAGUCAUGGUAGCACUGAUGGGAAAAUGAGACAACUUGAAAAUAUCCUAUUAGAGGUGCAAAGUGGUGUGCAGUUGUUGAAGGACAAACAAGAAAUUGUUGAAGCGCAGCUUCAGCUCUCGAAAUUUCAAAUAUCAAAGGUAGACCAACAACCCGAAACACAAACCACUGCGCACACUGACCCAGUGGCUCAACCACCUGCGUCAGCACCUCAGCCCCAUAUGCCGCAGCUUCAUCCUCCUCCGUUCUUGCAACCUCCAGCUCCUGCUACUCCAUCGAGCCUGCCCCAGCAGAGCCACCCUCCACCGCCUUCACAUCCACCGCAGCUCCCAAGUCAGUUUGCUCCCCAACAGGAGCCUUAUUUCCCACCACUUGGGCAAGGCCAGACCCAACCACCUCCAAUCCAGCCUCCUUACCAAGUUCCUCCCCCAGCUCAGCCACUGCAACAACCACAUCAACCUCCAUAUCAAUCACCGCCUCAACAACCACAGUACCCUCAGCCAUCGCCACCUCAGCAGCAGCAGCUUCAACCUCCAUCAUCAGGCUACCACCCUGAGGAACCACCAUUCCCUCCCCAGCCCUAUCCACCAAAUCCGCCUCGUCAACCGGCUACUGGUUCUGCCCCUGCCCCUGCCCAACAGUACUAUGCUUCUCCUCCACCAAUAUAUGAUGGCCCAGGUGGUAGAUCUAGCUCAGGGUUUCCUUCUGGGUACUCUUCUGAACCUUAUCCAUAUACUGGCUCUCCUUCUCCUCAGUUUGGAAGUACCCCCCCAAUGAAAGCGGCGCCCCACUUGAGCAGUGGGGAAACCGGUGGUUACCCACAGCUUCCGACUGCCCGUAUGCUUCCACACGCUUUGCCAAUGGCUUCAGCCGUUAGCAGUGGGGGUUCGGGUUCACCAAGGUCUGGAAACAGGGUCCCAAUCGAUGAUGUGGUGGACAAGGUCACAACCAUGGGCUUCCCCAGGGAGCAAGUCAAGGCAACUGUGAGAAGACUGACUGAGAAUGGUCAAGCUGUCGACCUAAACGUGGUUUUAGAUAAGUUGAUGAAUGGAGGAGGAGGAGGAGGAGGAGCGACUCAGCAGCCGCCGAGAGGUUGGUUCGGUGGCCGGUAGUCCAUCUCUUUCGGAUGGCGGUUUGAUCGACACUGUAUAGAACACUACUCUCUUUUUUUUUGUCACAUUUGUCUACUUUCUGGUUUGAGGGUAUCUGUCAAUUUGCUGACUUCUUGUAGAUCACAAACAUCUUCCCUCUUUGUUGCUUCGUAUCGAGUUCAUUGUUCUUCCGGAGUUUAUUUAUCCCUUGUGUUUGAUUGAAACUUUUGAUCAUGAUGCACUCUUUUAGUUUUUCUU